UGAGUGUUUGCUGCGGUCUCUUCGUUUCAUUCUCAGAAUCGCUGGAAACUCUAUUCCACACAUCCCCAGCUUUAUUUAGACCUCAAGCUUCUUUAAACUUUACAUCCCACACAAACAUUCGAGAGGAAAUAUAUUUUAGACCGUUUAUGUUAACUUCGGAACGCAGAGAUUGCACCGGUGGUCAGAACUUGAAUUAUGAUAAGCAAAAUGGGAGGAAAGUCGUUUCUUGCUCACUGAAGUUGGGGGCUAUCCAAGUGGAAGAGGUGGCGGCAAGUCGGCAACACCACAAGCUCACUCUCUGAGAAAGACUGAGUCCAUCUUUACUACGUACAGUACCUCCUCCAUCGAGGUGGGCUAAGAUACAGUACCUCCUCCAUCGAGGUGGGCUAAGAUGAGUAUAACCAGUGAUGAAGUUAACUUCUUGGUCUACAGAUAUCUUCAGGAGUCAGGUUUCUCCCACUCAGCGUUCACCUUUGGAAUUGAGAGCCACAUCAGCCAGUCCAACAUCAAUGGAACACUAGUGCCCCCUGCUGCCCUCAUCUCCAUCCUGCAGAAAGGCCUCCAGUAUGUGGAGGCAGAGAUCAGCAUCAAUGAGGAUGGCACAGUGUUUGAUGGGCGGCCCAUCGAGUCUCUGUCACUCAUCGACGCGGUGAUGCCGGACGUGGUACAGACGCGGCAGCAGGCCUUCCGCGACAAGCUAGCCCAGCAACAGGCGGCCGGCAGCAUGGCAGUUGUUGCCGCUAGCAACCAACUUAAUGCAACAAAGAACGGAGAGGCCACCGUGAACGGGGAGGAAAAUGGAACACACACCAUCUAUAACCAGAGUGAGCCCAUGGAGAUGGAUGUGGACGUGGAGAUCCCAGCUAGCAAGGCCACGGUCCUCCGAGGCCAUGAGUCAGAGGUGUUCAUCUGUGCCUGGAACCCUGUCAGCGACCUGCUCGCCUCUGGGUCGGGAGACUCGACAGCCCGGAUCUGGAACCUUAUUGAGAACAGUAACAGCAGCCCCACCCAGCUGGUGCUCAAACACUGCAUCAGGGAGGGGGGGCAGGACGUCCCCAGCAACAAAGAUGUCACCUCACUAGACUGGAAUAGCGAUGGGACACUCUUAGCAACCGGAUCCUAUGAUGGAUUUGCAAGGAUAUGGACAAAAGAUGGUAAUCUGGCGAGCACCUUGGGCCAACAUAAAGGACCCAUAUUUGCACUGAAGUGGAACAAGAAAGGGAACUGUAUCCUCAGUGCUGGUGUAGAUAAGACGACAAUCAUUUGGGACGCACACACAGGAGAGGCUAAGCAGCAGUUCCCCUUCCAUUCAGCUCCAGCCCUGGACGUGGACUGGCAAAACAACACAACAUUUGCCUCCUGCAGCACAGACAUGUGCAUCCACGUGUGUCGACUGGGCAGCGACCGGCCGCUCAAGACCUACCAGGGCCACACGAAUGAAGUUAACGCUAUUAAGUGGGACCCGUCAGGGAUGCUACUAGCCUCCUGCUCUGAUGACAUGACUUUAAAGAUCUGGAGUAUGAAGCAGGACUCAUGUGUCCAUGACCUCCAGGCCCACAGUAAAGAGAUCUACACUAUCAAGUGGAGCCCCACCGGCCCAGGCACCAGCAACCCCAACGCCAACAUCAUGCUGGCUAGUGCCUCGUUUGACUCAACUGUGCGUCUGUGGGAUGUGGAGCGAGGUGUGUGUAUCCACACCCUGACCAAACACCAGGAGCCCGUCUACAGUGUGGCCUUCAGCCCUGACGGGAAGCACUUGGCCAGCGGCUCCUUCGACAAGUGUGUCCACAUCUGGAACACCAUGACUGGAGCCUUGGUGCAUAGCUACAGGGGGACCGGAGGGAUUUUCGAGGUGUGUUGGAACAGCACAGGAGACAAAGUUGGUGCUAGCGCUUCAGAUGGAUCAGUAUGUGUUCUUGAUCUCAGAAAAUAGCAUCCUGGCAGUGACUUUGAAGUUGGACCCUGCCAUCUGCAAACACUCUCAUAGCUCAAAGCAGGCCUGGCAACAUGGAGGACAUCCUCAUAGGGCGGACACAGGAGACAUUUUAACAACCACAAACUACUUAAUGACAGAGGCAAUCCUCAGUUUGUGGAUUUGAGUCUCCUGUUUAAGACCACAAAGAACAUUUCCUGGGUUAAUUAACAUACUGGACGAAAUCCAAUUUAUUUUGUUCAGCCAUGUUUUAAAAGGUGCCUAGCGGCCCUGCUGUUAUCUGGCUAGGGUCUGAAUCAUGAGGAAGAGGGUUUGUAUAGGAAGAGGUGUGUGGAGAGACAGACCGGUGUUUUGGGUGUGUUUGACAUGACAUUGUGAGAGAAAGGUUGUGUUUUAGAAUGUAUCUAAGCACAUGUUAGCCCUAUGGUGUCCUGAGUUGAGAAACAAUAUGGGAGACAUGAGGAAAGUGACAUUGUUAUUGCUGCACUGGCAUUCUCAAAUUAUGUGAUGUUUAAAUUGUCCUCAGUGGAGAAUAGUUCCUGUUUAAACAGUACUUCUUGCAGAUUUUUCACAAACGGACUUCUGAAAGUCAGAGUUAAAAAAGGUGCCGCUAUGCGGUAGCUCUGUGCUCGCAUUUAAUAACAUCAAGGUCAACCAAAAUCACCAAACUGCCAUGUUUAACUUCUCUAAGUUUGAAUGACAUUUAAUUCACUUUAAAAAGAAAAUAUGCAAAAAGCGUGGUUUAUAAACAUAUAUUCUCCCUUCUGGAUGUACAUUUAAUGAAUGUAAAGAUAUGUAAAUUAGAAAAAUACACAGACUUAUAUACUGUGUAUAUAUGUUUAUAUUCAGUACACUUUAACGUAAUCUUCUAGACGCUCAAUACUGGCUUGAGCUAUCACAUCUUUUCUUUGCUGAUACUCGGUUACAAGACCCUGAUUCAAUUUUGUGCACGUCAGAUAGAUGUUUCUUUUGUUUCCAUGUAUGUUAUUUUAUUCUGACAAUUAUGUGUGUAUCAGGUUGGUGUGUUAAGUCAGGUGAUGCUGAAGUGGACUGUAGUCAUUUCACUGAUGGCUCUUUACACUUUAAGCCAUGGAGAUCUGUGCCUCAACGUAACUGAAUGGACCAUGGGUAAUGAUGAAUGGGAUAAAGAUGGGAUGUUACAUUCUGUAGGCUCUACCUGUUUUGUCGGGGUUACCCCUGGGUCAGGUCUGGGAUGUGAAACAGGACGUGUCUGUAUUCAGCCCUAAUGACAACCAUUGAAAUGGAAAUCAGAACAGACAGAGCACAUGCUGAUUGAGAAGGAGAGGAUGCUGUGAACAUUUGUAUUGUGUUGUCUUAAUGUUGCUUUAGUAGCAAAGUGUCAUCACUAGUCAUCUACUGAGCUUUUCUUACAGUACUCCUUUGUUUGGCAGGGUGAUCGUUCUGGUGGAAACCCAGGUUACACGCUGACUGAUCAACCAGGCUCUGAUUGGUCAAAUGGAAGUCCUACUGUAGCUUCUAAGCUGUGAUUGGUUGAGUUGGGUUGAGGUCCCGACAUUGCCACCGCCUGAUCUAUGGUCAGAUUGGAUUUAUUUGACUUGCCUGUAUGAUGGAUUUAGCUUUGUGUGCAGUAUGUCUACUUGUACUUAUCGUGGUCUAACGUGACAGUCUUUUCAAACCAACAAGCCACCACUUUGAGAAUGCCUUUUAUGCCUUUUCAGCAUUUUAUUUCAUUUUUUUUUUAUAUAAAUAAUCCGGCGUUGAUGUUUUUUUGCUGAGAGCCAAUAUUGUCUGUGUCAGACUGAGAAUCGGGCUGUGGUUGGUGGCCAUCUUGGCAUGUUGAGAAGCCCAGUGUGGAAUAAAAUGCUGUGACUGACAGCGAUCUCUCUCCUACCCCAGUCUAGGAUAUGGUCAUCUGUUUCCAAGACUAAACAAUGAAUUCACACUCAAUGUCUCAAAUAAAUCACUCUAUUUUGAUAUGAGAAAA